AUGUUGUUCUACACGCAACUCUUCACGUCUAAGCGGGGGCCUCUAGCCAAAAUUUGGUUAGCAGCGCACUGGGAAAGAAAACUCACCAAGGCUCAUGUAUUUGAAUGCAAUUUGGAAACAACCAUCAGAGACAUCAUUUCUCCACAGAUGAAAAUCGGUUUGCGUACAUCCGGUCAUCUGCUCCUCGGUGUGGUCAGGAUCUACUCCAGAAAAGCAAAGUAUCUCCUGGCAGACUGCAACGAUGCCCUGGUUAAGAUUAAAAUGUCAUUCAGGCCAGGUCAGACAGAUAUGCCUGAGGAGGGACUCGAGGCAACAGUAAAAGCAAUUACCUUGGUCGAGGAUUUCACUGCUUUUGAUGCCCAUCUGCCACCCCUCGGUAACAUAGAUGUGGUGGACCACUUUUCAUUGAACCAGAGUCGAUCAGAGGAAAUCACUUUGAAAGAGGAUUUUGGAAAUGACUUUCUGAACUUGGCAGACAUCGGAGCAGAGUCCCAGAGCCACCAGAAUGCACUGCUGGAUGUGAGCUUCCAUAGCUUGGCUCAGCAUGGAGACACUUUUGGAGAUGAAGAUAAAGUAUUCGACCUUCUUGACUUUCUGACAAACUCCAGUGAUAAGGCUGAGUCCACCAACUUCAUCACAGAAGAUCCAGAGAAUCCAGAUAAUUAUCAACAAGAUGCUCACAGAAGACAUUCAGUGGACGUAGAGACCCCUACAGUGAACGAGACCACCUUGCUUGCUGAUGAGGAGGAAGCCUUUGCCCUUGAGCCUGUGGCCAUCACUCCGAACUCAGAAAAGAAGAGGGGGAAGAGGAAACGCAAGUUGAUUGUGGACCAGGCUAAAGAGCUGACCAAUGAAUCCAUCAGAAAGCAGCUUUCUGAUUAUUCAGACCUGGUUGCCCCUUUGGACAUGGCCCCCCCGACCUUGCAGCUCAUGCAGUGGAAGGAGAGCGGAGGUGCAGACAAACUUUUUGCACUGCCAUGUUCCACUGUAGUAACUCCACAGAUAAAUGAGCUCUUUGCCAAGAAUGUUUUCCAGGUGAAAUAUUUUGGUGUUACUGAGGAGGCUGAGGAGAUGCGACAGGAUGGACAAGAAGUUCAGAGGGACAUGAGUGCCCUCACCACAGACAUCAGUGUCGUAGAUUCAUCAACCAACACUGAAAAGACACACCACACUGAGCUGACAGUUCUUGAUCAAAUGAACAACAACCAGAAUGAGAGUUACUCAGAGGAUGAAAAGAGGUCAGGGUUCACUGAUCCAGAACUCCCAUCAGAAGUCUCCAUGUUUGUCCACCCAUCUCACAUGGAGCAGGAGACUCAGUCAACAUCCCUCCACACUCAGUGUAUGCUGGACAGCCAGGACUUUGAGGAGAAGAGGAUAACCAGGCGAGCACAGAAGCUUCUGAACACUCUGAAAAGCCAGGGCGACCGUGAAACCACAUUCAGCUUGAAGGCACUCUGUGAAGGGGGCAAUCGCUCGCUGGCUGCAGCCACUUUCUUCUGUCUGCUUGUUUUGAAAAAACAACAAGCUCUCCACCUGCAGCAGAGCACUCCCUAUGAGGACAUCUUUGUCACACCAGGACCCAUGUUCUACAAUUGGUAA